AUGAUUGAGUUAUACUCUGUUUGUGGGGAGUGGAAACAAAACCAUAGAGGAGUAUGGGAUUUUGCAAUUGAUUCUAAAAAAGGAGGAUCAUUUAGUGAAGUAGAUGAGAAUAUCACAUAUAAGGUUUUAGCUGAGAUGGUAAUUGAAGAUUUUAGACUUGAUUGUUUAGUGAAUGAUAUCAAACUUAGCUAUAGGCUUUCUUCAAGGAUGAAUUUGAUGGUAGAAGAUUCUCCACCAAUGUAUUUGCGAAAUGAUCGUCAAGUACAGACAUUUUUCAGGAAGUUUCAAGAUGACCCUGAGUUGAAUCGUUUAUGUGUGACUUUGCCUAUUGAUUCUGGGAAUGUUGAAAGUAAUACUCUGUCAGCUACUUUAGAGAACAACCGAUGCAUUCAAGGUUUUCAGUUUUCAAAUAGUGAUAUAUCUGUUGCAUCAGUUCGUUAUCUAACCAAGGAGUUUCAUGAACCAAGUGGAAGUGGCGCCACAGUUUCUGAAUCACAUUCUGAUACCUGUUCAACUGCUGAAAAAGUGAUUUAUGAUGGUAUUCCUAGAGGUUUUUCACAUCACACUCAAGGGACUGAUUAUAUACAUGAGGGGAAAUAUUUCAAAAACAAAGCAGAGUUGAUGAUGAAGAUGCGGCUGUUUGCACUUGAGUUCAAGUUUGAGUUCAGAUCUUUGUGGUCAGACAGAACAAGAUUGAUAUUGGGUUGUGUCGACCCUAGAUGCAACUGGAAGAUGCGUGCAACGAAGCUCAAGUCAUCUGAUUUCUUUGUAGUGAUUAAGUAUAUGGGAGAACACAAUUGUGAUACAACGUACAGGAAUGCGAACCAUAGGCAAGCCACUGCAAAACUCCUUGGUUCUUUUAUUUGCAGUCAUUUUGCAGAAAAGAAGGCUGGACUCAAGCCAAAACAGAUAAUUGAGAGAGUUAGAUUAGAUCAUGGUGUUCAUAUACAAUACAAAAAAGCUUGGAGAGCAAAAGAGGCAGCUCAGAUUUUGGUUAGAGGAACUCCUGAGGACAGUUACCACAACAUAGCAAAAUGGUUGUUCAUGGCUAAGGAAAGAAAUCCAGGAUCAGUUGUUUAUCUUGAGAUGGAUUCUGGUACUAAAUUCAAAUAUGUGUUCAUUGCAUUCGGUCCAUCGAUAAGAGGUUUUGAUUUGCUGAGAAGAGUGAUUGCAGUAGAUGGUACCUUCUUGAAGGGGAAAUUUAAAGGAACUUUAUUAGUAGCUACAGCACAAGAUGGAGAUCAUCACCUAUACCCGAUAGGCUUUGCUAUUGUUGAUUCAGAAAAUGAUAAAUCUUGGAAUUGGUUUUUUAGGUGUCUCCGUACUAUCAUACCUGAUGCCCCAGAUUUGGUGUUUGUCUCUGAUCGUGCAUCGUCCAUUGCAAAAGCACUUACAGAGUUGUAUCCAGCAUCACAUCAUGGAAUCUGCAAAUACCACCUUGGAAACAACAUCAAAGUAAGUUUCAAGGGUCAAUUAUAUUUGCCACUUGUUGAAUCUGCAGCCAUUGCUUAUACUCGUGAAGAGUUUGCUAAAAUAUUCAUCCAGAUUCAAGAUGCAAAUCCUAAGUUGGCUGAGUAUUUACAAAAGGCUGAUUUCAGAAAAUGGGCUCGUUCCUAUGCUCCUUCUAAUCGUUACAAUAUUAUGACAACAAACAUUGCUGAAUCAUUUAAUUCGAUGUUGAAAGAACCAAGAGAGUUGCCAGUUCUUUCUCUCCUUGAGACAAUCAGGUUAACUUUGACUUCGUGGUUUCAUGAGAGACGUGAAAAGGCUGCUAAACAUGACAAGCUUGUCACGCCGCAAGUAGUGAAGAAGUUGGUAUCAAGGUUCUCAGAUGCAAUGAAACUUGACGUUUUCCAAGUUGAUGAAGACGAGUUUGAGGUGAAGGACAACAUUAACAAGUUUAUUGUUCACUUGAAAAACAUGCAUUGCAGUUGCUGUGUUUUUGACAUCGACAAAAUUCCGUGCAUUCAUGCCAUUGCUGCUGCGAAGCGUUCAAAUAGGGAUGAAAAUAAGUUUGUUCAUGUUUGCUACUUGACUGAGACAUGGGCUAAAGUAUAUGCUGAAAGCAUACACCCGAAUGGAGAUAUAAAAGAUUGGAUUUUCCCUGAUUCUAUAGAAGAAUUCUUUUGUGCACCUCCAUUUAGUAAGCCAAACAGUGGGAGACCACCAAAAAAAAGAAAGCGAUCUGUUGGAGAAUUUGGGGUGCCAGGUUCAAAGUCUCAGAGUCACAAGUGCAGUAGAUGUGGCACAGCAGGACACAAUAAGAGUACAUGCCGACUUCCCAUAUGA